GUCAGUUCUGGUACAUUCCUGGAGUUUCUAAUCAGCCUAAAUGACCCUUUCCCUGUUGCUUCGCUGGAUCGUGCUACAUCUGUAUAUAGCACACAGUGUGUCUGACAUGAUAGUGAGAGCGAACGUGGGGCAGUCCGUCAAGCUACCCUGCACCUACAGCGUUAGUCAAGAGCGUGACCUCAAUGUCAUGUGCUGGGGCCGGGGGAUCUGUCCGUCAUCUAAAUGCAGCAGUGAAAUUGUUCGCACUGAUGGGCAGAAGGUGAUAUCUAAACAGUCUGGCAGAUACCAACUAAAGGGUCCUAUCACCAGAGGGGAUGUGUCUCUGACUAUAAGCAAUGUGGACCACAAAGACAGAGGGGAUUACUGCUGCCGCAUAGAGAUCCCUGGAUGGUUCAACGAUAUAAAACGAAACUUGCAUUUGCAGAUUUACAGAGCACCCACUACUCCCACAAAGACAACCACAACUGCCCUCCCAACACCCACUACUCCUCCCCUGAUAACCACUGUUGCACUCCCAACACCCACUACUCCCGCAACGACAACCAUAACUGCACUCCCAACAACCUUUCCUUCCCUGACAACCAUUUUCCAAACAGUGUGCAUUGAAGAUGACGAUUCCAAUUUUUUCACAACAGAACAUGUUCUCCCUACUGCAGAAUCACCAACUACAGUUCUGAUCUCCGAGAGGACUGAAAAUGUCGAUUCUGCUUUCAUUACAGAAGGUGUUGUUCUCAGUACAGGGACAGUUCCCCCGGUUACAGUCCAGACAACCCCUGAGGGGAGUGAAGUGAAUGCUAUUUCUGACGCUACAUUUCCCUUGACAUCUGCAGGAGGCUCUGUGAAAGAGGGACUCGAUGAAGAGACUUCAACAGAUUCAAAACUCUGGUCAGAGAAAAGUGUAGAUAAUCCAACACAGCACCUACAGAAUGAAAUUCCAACAGUAAUCAUCAGUGUGGUAGUGACAGUCAUUCUUCUCUUCACAUUCCUGCUCAUAAUGUUCUUGACAUAUAAACGCUCAGGGAAGUAUCAACUGCAUAUGAUAAAAAGCUCAGACUUAUCUGGAGAACAAAUUCCCAAUGGAGUGGAAGAAGAGAAUACCCUUUUCACUCUGCAGCAGAUACCUGACAGCCAUUCAGUAUCACAGGGAACAUGUCACGAUCCUGUGGAAUCCAGCAUCUAAACGAGGCUCUUUCAUGCUAGGCUGGAAAAUAAGGAUUAAUUCCUUGCUAACCCUGGAAAUAAUGAUGGGUACAAACCAAAACCCAGAUCCAAACACCUGAACUGUGGGGAGUUUAAAAACUAGAAGCAGAUUUUACGCAAAGGUUUUUAAGCAUUUAACUUCCAGGGGAUCCCCUGAGGAUCUGGGCCUUUUCCUCUUGAGCCAUGUGUAAAACUUCUGUCUAAAGUGGCCUCUGUUAGAAGAUAUUUUACCCAUUGCUUGCAUCGCAGAAUUCUUAGUCUCUUAAACCCCAACCCUGGAACUGCUUGCUUAUGAGUAACUUCAAAGCACAUAAGUAAUCUUGCUGAAGUCAACUGGACUACACAUAUCCUUAAGAUCUGAGCCUUAUUUAUCAAUAACAGCAGGAGCGCAGGAACAAUUUGUAUCGUGAGGGUGCUCAGAGCCAUUGAACCAAGCUGUAAACCCUGU